GUUCCUCCAGAACACUCCUCACAGGGAUUUCUGCAGCUCUGGGAGGGCAGAUCUGCUCCUCUGGGUGUCUGCUGGGUGCUCUGCUCUGAGGAGGCCGUAUCAUCUCAGACCUGCUGCAGCCUCGGAAUAUAAACCCCCCUUUGUUGGGGAGAGGUUGACUUGACUGAGCCACAUGAUCAGUCAGGUGACAAAAUUGGGCACCAAAGCGGAGGAGAAUGAGCAGCUGGGUGAGGGCAGGAGCUGCUGAUCUUGCCUCUUGACAGGCUGUGUUACUCCUCAGGGAAAAAUGAGUGCCUGGCUCUGUCCUCUGCUGUGGAGCUUAACCAUGGUGUGCUUAACAGGUAUUGCUUUAGGCCAGACAACCAGCACUGAGGUCCCAGUUGCAUCCACCCCAGCACCUCCCAGUGCAACCAGCACUGGGGUUCCCAUUGCAUCCACCCCAGCACCUCCCAGUGCAGCCCCUGCUACAGCCUCUGCUCCCCCAACUGCUCCUGCAACACUCUCAGCUGGACUGACAGCAACCACUGCAAGCCCUGCUGCAUCCUCAGCAGCUCCAUCUGCUGAUCCAAGCUCAGAACCCCCUGCCCAGACUCUGCCCUCCACCAUGGGGACUGUCCCCACCUCUGGCAGCAGGGCCACCUCUCAGGCUUCAGCACUGACAGCCACAUCCAGCAGUGCCCCAGUGUCCCCUCCAGGAGUGACCCCAUCCCCCGGGCUCCCAUCAUCAGCUCUGCCCCCCAGCACCCCCCAGCCCUCCAACUGCAGCAGAGAGAAUGUGACAGCCUGUGUCCCCUGCCCCCCAGGGACAGUCCCCAGCCAAGGCGCCCUGAGCUGCUCGUGCUGCACGGGGGGCGCGUGCACCGACCCCAGUGCCUGCAGCCCCUGCCCUGCAGGGCACCACCAGCCCCAGAGUGGGCAACCCUCCUGCCUGCCCUGCCCCCAGGGCUCCUACACCAGCUUCCCAAGGAGCACUGUGUGUCUUCCCUGUCCACCAGGACAUUUUGCUAAUGAGUCUGGAGCUGCAGCCUGCAGAGCCUGUGAGCAAGGCUAUUUUAGCUCCAAGCAAAAUGCAGCUUUUUGUCUGCCUUGCCAGCCAGGAUCAUUUUGCAACACCAGCGGCUGCUCAGGCUGCCUGCCCUGCCCCGGGGGACAGGAGGCUCCUCGGGAGGCGGCGGAGGGGUGCGACUCCUGCCCGGCAGGUACAUUCAAAGGUGCCGGUGACAGCAGAUGCAAGGCCUGCAGCACAGGAGAGUACCAACUGCAGCGGGGCAAGGAGAGCUGUGAGCUGUGCCCACAAAACCACUACUGCCCUAGCCCAGAUGUGAAGCCUGUGAAGUGCCCUCCUGAUGCCUUCUGCCCCCGGGGCAGCGUGGAGCCCACCUACUGCAUGGAGCUGUUCCUGUACAAGGCAGGGGACUCAUGCCAGCUGACCCCUGCCACCGUCAUUGUCCUGGCCACCUUCUCAGCAGGUGCAAUCCUUGUUGUGUUUCUGAUAAUCCUGAGAAGGCGGCAAGAGCACAGCAGGAGCUCCCUGAAGUCGCCGUUGCUGCCCCGAGGCUCAGGACGUGGCUCCUACGGGGGCACGGAGCACACAGAGCCAGUCUAUGCUGGCUGGUAGCUCUGGCCAGGACCAGCAGCCUCUCCUUCCCCUGGGGCAGCACAAAUGUGGCUCUGGGCAAGGUGUUUAACCAUGAGCAACCCUAUUUCUGUAUAGCUAAAAUCAGUACUGGGGAAUAAACUCAGUCUUUGA